CUGUCUCCAUCUACUGGAGGGGACCGCUGGAGUGGCCACUUCCCAGGCUAGACUGAGAUCACUGGCGGGAGGAGACGUCCAAAACAUCUUGGCUCUUAUUGUGAUUUGAUUUCGGCCGAUCUUUCCGGCGAUGCUUGACAAAUCCCAGAAAUGAGUGCUCGGGGAAGCCCCCUCUCCUCAAGACUUCCUGGCAUCGCCGAAUCUCCUGCUUCCCUCAGACGCUGACAGCCGCGGCGGCCGAGCGGAGUCCUGCUGCCCCGCGGAAUCAUCCGGCCACACACGGAUGGAACAUGGCUGCUAUGAGGACUUUAACCGUGGCCGGACUCCUUUUGGCUUUUUGUGCGCUGGGACUGAUCGCAGUGGCCAUCGGUACUGACAACUGGUACCAGACGGACGCGAGGAGGCAUCGAAAACGCUGCAAGAAUUUCUCGAACAAAAGGAACGACCCCGGUUACAUUUACAACUCCAACCCCAACCUUCCCCUCCGAAUGCUGCCGAAGGAGAAGAACGCGGAGAGGAAGAGCUCGCUGCUGCGAGCUAAGCGGCACUUCCUGCCUCCUGCUGCGGCCAUGGAGUCGCUCUGCAAUCGCCACUUCAACUCCACCAUCACCGGUCUGUGGAGGAAGUGCCACCGGGAGGGAUACGACCAGGAGACGGAGGAUCUCAUCUUUAAAGGAUUGGUUCCUCGCUGCACGCCAAUAAAAUACUACUACUCAUCCUCGGCGCUGCCCAGGAACCUGCCCAUCAAUCUGACCAAAACAAUAAGGCAGGAUGAGUGGCAUGCCCUACAUCUCCAGAGAAUGACCGUCAGUUUCAUCGGCAUGGCGAUCUCCAUCAUCCUCUUCGGCUGGGUCAUCGGCCUGCUGGGCUGCUGUAAGGAGCAUGAUCUGAUGCAGUACGUCGCAGGGCUUCUCUUCCUAAUGGGAGGUACUUGCUGCAUCAUCUCUCUUUGCACAUGUGUGGCUGGAAUCAACUUUGAACUUUCCCGCUACCCCCGCUACAUGUUCGGAAUACCAGAGGACAUCAGUCACGGAUACGGCUGGUCCAUGUUUUGUGCCUGGGCUGGACUGGGCCUUACUUUGCUGGCGGGGUUCCUGUGCACCCUGGCGCCGUCUCUGUACCCGCCACACACCCCUGUGGCUCACAAGCCCAGGCAGGAGAAUGGCUGCGUGUGACUAGAGAUGACUAAAGAUCUGAUCUGAGGACCGGCUGAGCAGCAGGGACUGAGCAGAGAAAGCACAAAACACUGACUCAUGUGAAGAUGACCACCGGGUCACACGAGACUGAGGAGGCUCCUCUGGUGCUUUUGUUUCUGCCCUCCUCAUCAACAAAGCGUUCAGUGUUAUUGUUUGCUCCUUCCGAGGAGAAAAAAAAAAUCUUCCUGUACUAUUAAAAAAAAAAAGAUAAACAGGCAGAAUAUGAGCAGCACAAAAGGAAAAACUGUACUGGAUGUGUUAGCGUCUCAAAGGGCAGCCGUGUACCAUUAUGUAUUCAUCCGAAAACAACGUUAAAGUUCAUGUACUUUUUGACCUGUAUGUAUGCAGAUGCAUUUGUGUUGAUUCAAGGGAAAAUAUGAGCAUUAACAAAAGUCUUUCGAGGAAAAUGUUUCGUGGUUCUUUGGCUCGUACCACCUCAAAAUAUUUUUGAAAAAUAAAACAGCCAUGCAAACAUUUCUUUGUGUGUAACACAAUGGAAAAUUGUUGCCUUAUUCUCUCUCUGUUGAAAGUUCCUACUGUCCGUGCGUCUCCCUGGGACUCCUGGUGCGAGGUGUUUUGGGUUGCACUGUAAACUAGACCAACUGUGACACCCCGAUAUAAAUGUUUACAGAUUCAACAAACAUCUUCCUUUUUAUUUGUCACACAUGUCCCCUGCAUGUGGCGUAUUUUAAUAGAUUUUCUGGAGAUGUGACAGCAUGAACACAUGAAGGUCGGAGCAGCUGAAGAGGCUGAUGGUGUCACCAUGUGGCAGACGAACUGAGGGAGGAAGAUUCUCCAUAUAUAUAGAUAUAGUUAUAUCUAUAUCUAUAUAUAGAUAUAGAUAUAGAUAUAGUUCUAUCUAUAUAUGUGGAGAAUGUCAUAUGUAUCUAUUUCUGUCUCUCUCUCUCUCUCUCUCUCUCUCUCUCUCUCGCUCUCUCUCUCUCUCCAUAUAUAUAUAAUAAUAUCUCACUUUUUAAAAGUGCGGGCCACAUUAUGAACUGGAAAUGUGAGGCACGGCUCGAUUAAAAAAAAGGUUUCUACAAAAGAUAGAAGGAAUGGAAAGAUGGGAGAAAGGGAAAACUAAUUCAUAAAAAUGCAGAAUUGUGUGCGUAAG